AUGGCGAGCGGUGGAUACGGCGACGCCGGUCAGAAAGUGGCCUACGUCUUCAAGGUGGUGCUGAUCGGCGACUCCGCCGUCGGCAAGUCCCAGUUACUGUCCCGCUUCGCGCGCGACGAGUUCAGCCUGGACUCGAAAGCCACGAUCGGUGUCGAAUUCCAAACACGCACGCUCCUCAUCCAGCACAAGUCCGUCAAGGCUCAGAUCUGGGACACCGCCGGCCAGGAAAGGUACAGGGCUGUGACGAGUGCAUACUACAGAGGGGCUGUGGGGGCCAUGCUGGUUUACGACAUAACCAAAAGGCAGACGUUCGAGCACAUUCCUCGCUGGCUGGAAGAGCUUCGUUCCCAUGCAGACAAGAACAUUGUAAUCAUCCUGGUCGGCAACAAAUCCGACCUUGGAGACAACCGGGUGGUCUCCACGGAGGACGCCAAGGAGUUUGCUCAGAAAGAGGGUCUGUUCUUCCUCGAGACCUCGGCCCUGGAGGCCGUGAAUGUGGAGGAUGCAUUCCUUACAGUGCUGACCGAGAUUUUCAACAUUGUGAACAAGAAAAGCCUUGCUGCUAGCGAGGGUGAGGGCAGCAAUGGUAAUCCAGCUUCUUUAGCUGGCAAGAAAAUUUUGAUCCCGGGUCCGGGUCAGGUGAUCCCGGAGAAGAAAAUGUGCUGUAGUUCAUCUUGA